UUGAUGCGGCAACAUGGAUUCUUAUGAUAGCAUUUGCUGAAGUUGACGCUAAAAAGAACACAAAAUGACCGAUAUUCUUUGUAAAUGGCUCAACGAUGAGCUGAAUAUAACACAGCAAGUCGACCAAGUAACUUUUGCCAGAGAAUUUGCAUCAGGAUAUCUCAUUGGAGAAGUCUUAAACAAGUAUCAGCUUCAAAAUGAUUUUGAUCAAUUCUCUCAAAGCAAAACUGCUGACUCAAAGCUCAACAACUUUACAAGAAUUGAGCCAGUUCUGCACCUCCUUGGAAUUCCAUUUGACACAAAUGUUGCUCGUGAUGUGAUGACAGAGAAACAUGGUGUGGCAACACGCCUUAUGUAUCAGCUCUAUGUGGCACUGAACAACAAGAAAAAAGCUAAUCUUACUGGAGUAGCCAUGGAAACAAUGCGACCAGCUGCCCCAGCUAAACUGAAUGCAGUGGAAAGUGGCAUUUACAAAGAAAGACUAAAGCAUGCCACUCCAAGACAGACAGAUCUGAAUUUAGAGGCCUUGGUGCAAACAUUUCAUGAGAAACAGAUAGAAAUGGAACAAGUGGCCUUUGCUGACAGGUUUCGGGAGCAAGAGAGGAUAAAGCAACAACAACAGGACCAGAGAAGAGCUCUGUUGGCUAGAUCUCAGAGAUUAAGGGAAAAACAAAGUGAAAUUGUGGCCAAGAUACAAGCUGCUACUGUCAAUAUUCCAAAACCUCCACCAGAGCAGACAGCUAAAGCCAUCCAAAGGAGGAGAGAACUGAGGAGACGAAGGGAGGCAACUGAGACAGUAGAAGCUAUUUCUCAGUUUGAAGACAAAAUGAAGAUGAUUUUGCCUCCAUCUAAAGAUGACGAUGGAGAGGUGAUAGAUGUGCAGUACAUUUUGACCAGAGAUGAAGAUCGUCUGCUGGAUGCCAUUGAGCUGAUAAAGCCAGCCUCUAAUGAUGACUACAUCGGGAAGAUCAGAAAGAGGCUGCAGGAGGAUGAGUCCGCUCGAGCUGAGCGGGAGAAAAGGAGGAGAAAAGUUCUGGUAGAUCAAAUGAAGGCUCAUGAGGCUCAAGAGGAGGCAAGACGAGAGGAGAUGUUGGUAAAUCGCUUAAUGAGACAAUCCCAACAGGAGAGGAGGAUAGCAGUCCAACUGCUGCAGGCCAGACAUGAAAAGGAGGUCAUCAGAAAGAACAGGAUCACCAGGGAGAAGCAGUAUGAAGACCGACGACUGAAGGACUUUGUGGAUGCUCUCAACCGAGAAGCUGAAAUGGCCCGCCUGGCAAAACUGGAAUAUGAGGAACAGACCAAGAAGGACCAGGAACUUCAUGAUAAGAUAGCAGCAGAGCGUGCGGAGGCCCGAUACACCAAACAUUACGAGAGCUGUAACGAAGUUGUCAACCAGCUGGUGGAUUUUGCAUGUAAAGUGGCUGAAUAUAGAGAACUGACUGAAAAAUUAGUGCCAGCCAAGUUAAUGAGAGAUUGGAAAUCAUUGUUUGUUUCUGGCAAACCUUUGUAUGAACAAGCCCCUCCCCCUGAGUCAACUGAACCCUCCCCUGAGCAGAUAUUGGAGGAGGAGAGACAAGCUUUGCUGGAUGAGGGUGACUUCACUGAAUAUAAGACUAUGACAGGAGAAUGGCAGCCACCAGAAGGAGGGGAAGUAAUCCAGCCACCAAAAGACAAUCCAAUCACAGGGCAUGUCAUCCAGAGACUCUUCAACAUGGUCUCUCCCCCAACUCCACCCCCACCACCCCCAGAGUUUCCUCCCUUCCCUAUUCGAGCAUGUGUUCUGGGGAAAGUAUUCAGUGGAAAAUCUUCUAUUGUGCAACAGCUGGCUAAAGAACACAGACUUCAAGUUCUUGAUGUUGAUACUUUAGUCAGUGAAGCUGUUCAAGCACAUGAGAAUGGAGAAACAAUGGCAGUACAGGAACCAGAAGUGGAGGAGAAACCGCCUGAGGCCUCGGAACAAACUGCACAACCCCCAGAGUCCCAGGCUGAGGUGGCACCCACACCCUCUGAUAACCCAACAGAGGAGGUACCAAAGACUGAAUCAGAUCAGACAGCACCCCCAGCCACAGAGGCUCCACCCCAGGAGCCUGCCCCUCCCAGCCCUGUCAAAAGAACAAAGUCCAAAGGACCCAAAGACAAGAAACAAGUGCCAACCCCUAAAGCCAAGCUUGGAGCCAAGGCCCUGAAAUACUUAAAGAAGGGACAACCAGUGGAUGAUCAAGUGAUUGUAGAUAUCCUGAUUGAAACCAUCAGAUGGAUCCCUGAGGAAACUGGAUGGAUCAUAGAUGGAUUCCCUACAAACUUGUAUCAGGCUAAAGUUCUUGAGAAAGCACUGACUGGAUUUGCUGCAGGUGAUAAAAAGGACGAUAAAUCAGGAAAAAUGAAGAGGUCCAACCUUGUCAAAGACCCCCGCCCACCCCCUCCUCCCGCAGAACCUGCCAGUGGUCUGGAUGUGGUUAUCAGCUUUGAUGUCCCUGAUGAUUUGUGUCUUAAGAGAGCUGCAGGUCGACUGUAUGGAGUACAAGCCAAUGAACAGUACCAUCAGGAAUUCAACCCACCACCAGAGGGCAGUAUGACAGGUGUAGGAAAACAGGAGCUUGUGGUUCCUGUUCAGGAUAAGUCACAUGACCAAGAUCAAAUCCAGCAAAGGAUAACCAAAUACUUGGACUCGUGGCCCAAGGUUGAAAAGUGGUACAAUAAGUUUGGGGUGUUGGCUCAUGUGGAUGCCUCCCAGGAAAUGCGUACUGUGUAUCUAGAAGUGGAGAAGGUUCUAGAGGAUACACUAGCCAAGCUUCAAGGAAUUGGUCAGGAACCAGAGCCUGCUCCUGUAGAGCCAGUGGAGGAAAAGAAAGAAGAGCCACCAGCACCACCCCCAGAACCACCAAAAGAGGAGCCACCACCAGAGGAGAAAACUUCAAGGUCUUCAUCCAGAAAAGGUUCAGGGAAGAAAUCUCGACCAUCUUCUUCUAGGAGUAAGUCCCCUAAGUCACCCAAAGACAAGGAUAAGAAAGGGCGUGACAAGAGCUCCUCCCCCAAACGUACUGCCAGCAGUAAAAAGUCAGAGGCAGGCAGCAAGAAAGGCAGCAGGGGUUCAUCACCAAAGUCCAAGAAAGGAUCUGGUAAGAAGGGUAAGACCCCUGAACCAGAGCCAGAACCAGAACCACAGGAACCCACUGGGCCUCCACCACCAGAACCGGGCUCAGAGGAGUGGGAAUUUGUGGACUUACCUCUUGAAAAGGAAUUGGCUGAAGUCUUGGCAAAAUAUUGGGAGAAUGUAGAGAAAACAUACGUUGGGAAUAGUAAAUAUGUUUUCCGUAAGCUGAGAGAGGAAAGAGAAAACAUUUACAGAUAUUUCUAUCAGAUCAAGAAGGACUACCUGUCUUAUUUACGGAGACCAGACAACAAGCAGGUGUACGUCAACCAAUGGCAGAAGGAAUAUAAUGAUGUCCCUGAUGACAUGCGAGAUGAUGAAGAAACAAAAGCAGAACUCCACCAGCGUGUUGAUGACCUCAGGGUCAAAUUGUGGGACAUCUGCGAUGAACGGAAGGCCCAAGCAGAGAAGGAAAGACAAGCCAUCAUUGAUGAUGGUUGGCUGGAUGAUCAUCUAGGCUUGCUCAGUAACUUCUACCUAACACAGAUGCAGGCAGAGGUUGACAGAUACCAGGACACUGUUAGAAUGUUGAAGGAUUACUAUAAAGGCAUGGAUGGACAGUAUCCAGAGGAACUCAAUACCAAUUUUGCUAGGCUUCCUCUCAUUGAGCUUCCUGUGGAGAGAGCUGAAUCACCUGAUAAAUCAGAGAGUGAGACAGCAUCCAACCCACCCCCAGCAGAGGAGAGAAGAGACAGCGCCAAAUCUGACCGCCCUAAGUCUAGUCGCUCCAAAUCUGGCCGUUCUAAAUCCCCCAAGUCUCCCAAGGAGAGGAAAUCAAGAACUCCCUCAGCCAAGAAGAGAGACAAGAGUAAAGAAAAGAAAGAGUCAACAGAGCAGGUGCCAACAGAUGAAACAGGAAAAAAGAAAAUCCCCUUGGUGCCUCGAAGACCUGUAUCCCCUGAUCCAGAUUCCAAGGCAGCAGGUGCCGGUAAGGAUAAGAAAGAUAAGAAGCCAGGAAAGAAGGAUGAUGGGGGAACAGAAAGCCCCGCUCCUCCAAUGGAUCCGGAUGAGAAGCUUCUCUUUGAUGGCUACCAAUCAGGAGUUAAUGCUCUGGCCACUAUUCUACAAAGUGAAUUUGCUGCUAAAGAAGCAGAGGAAGAAGCAGAGAGAAAGAGAGAAGAAGAAAUAGAAAGAGAGAAGGCAGCAGCCGCUCAGAAGGCAGCUGCAGGAAACAAAAAGGGGGGCAAGAAGGGCAAGAGUCGAAGCCCCUCCCCCAAGAAGAAGAAGGAUGAAUCAGCAUCUACUCCUACUCCUCCUUCAUCUGAGGAGAUGAGUGAAGAGGAAAGACUGAAGAAAAAACAGAAGGAGAGAAUGAGAGAGGAGUACUAUUUUGCCAUUCAGGGUGAAGAAACUGCCGCUAAGAAGAGAUUAGAAUUGAUCAAGGUUCAUGGUAUUGGAGUAUUACAAGACCUGAAGGCCAAGGCUGACAACACUUAUAAAGAAAUGAAUGAUUGGCUGGGAGCUAGGUUCUUAAAGGAAAUGGAAAGCAUUGAUCACAUGUCAGAAACUAUCCGCUUUGCCAUUGAAAAACGACAGAAACUGAAACAGGAACUUGUACUGCAACAAGAGGACUUCCUUGUCAAUACUGAGUUGAAAGUAUUGCGUUCUCCAAGCCCCGCCCCACCACCAGUUGUAGAGGAAGUGGUCACACCCGAACAGUUUUCUGUUAGUCAGUUACUGAAUCUCUACCAACAGUUCACAGCUACAGCUCCAACUGGAGUCAUGUCCAAACAAUCCUUUGUGGAGACUUUUGAAAACAUGGUGUCUGUAUGCUUUGGGAUGGAGCAGCUUCCUGAUAUAUGGAUGAAUAUCUCUCCUCAACAGGUACAAGAGAUUGCUAAUGGACUUUCAGCCAAUGUGGAGUAUGUAGAUUGGCGUCGAUUCCUGAUUGCGGUGGCUCAGCCUCUGCCUUCACCCACACAGACAGAACUUCUGGAGACGCUGCAGAAAUUCAGAGAAAUGGACCAAAAAUCCACAGGCUUUGUCACCAGGGAACAGUAUGAUAGGAUGGACAUUUGGUUUGGAUGCAAGUCCACUAAAGGUGGAGAGUUUGACCGUUCAGCCAAACUGAAGGCAGCUUUGUUUGACUUCUUUGCAGACCACAGUAAAACUCCGCCUGUUAUGAAUUAUGUUAGCAUGCUGAUGUACUUUAGUGCUUCGUCAAAUGCCAGCGAAGGAUUCCUCCGAGCAUUAAGUGUGGCCUCAGGAACACACAUGCCACGAUUACCUCGUAAUGAUAUGAGGGCACCAAGUAGAUCUGAUAGUAAUCCUGAUAUUGUGGAGGAUCCCUCCCCCUCACCUCCAGUACCUACUGACAUUCCUGAGGAUGCCAUCAAUGCCAGAGUACCACUGGAUGCUCUUUAUCAAGUGUUGCACCACGGAGAGAACGCUAGUGGUGACAGCCACCGCUUUAGUGUAUCAGCUGAUCCAGAGGAUGCCACAUCUAAGGAGAAGCUGUCAAGUGUGUACCAGGAGUUGGGCAGUGAUAAUUUAGAACCUCUUCCUUACAAAGUCCUUGUGGAACAUCCCCUCAUACAAGAUGUAAUGGCUGCCUGUCAAACAUUUAAAUCUCUGGAUAUUCGUGGAAUUCUUAAUAAUCCAACCCAAGAUAUGGAUAUCCACAGCACAAAAACAAUGGAAUAGGAAAAAAAAUGCUUCAAGAAGUGAUAAUUUAGAAGAUUCACCUUGUUUUGCAUAUACUUGGACAGAAGAAAAAUAGACUACAUGUACUUAGCCUAUUUAGAUGGCAUGAUUUUUAA